UCGGCGCGGGACGCGGGCCGGCAUGGAACCCACGAGCGGCACCGCGGGGCCCGGCGGUGGCGCUAGUGAUCGCGCGAAAGCGGCUGGUUGCAGGACGGACACGUCGUCACACGAGGAAUACGACGCCUGGGCUCCGUUGGCCGGCGACAACGCAUUGCUGUCACUACGCGCUCAGGUUUUUCUCGAACUGAGCCGUGGCUCUGCUGGGGGACGCCAGGAGCUGCGGCUUGCCUGCCUCGAGUCCCUGGAGCAGCCGAACAGCACACCGCUCUCUCAUGCGACCGCCAACGGCGCGGACCGCACCGUCUCAGAGGAGGACCUCCAGGAGACGACCAGCGUGGAGUCCGGGGGUGAGGCGAGGCCCGAGGCCGGAUUCCGAUGCCCCGUGUGCGGGGCCAGGUUCAGCGACAGAGCGCGGUGA